AAGUCUAUACUGACAUACAUGUGUGUGCGCAUACGCCUCGAGGCGCCAGAAAAUCGACAGCACUUACAGCACAUGUGGAUACACAAAACUCAACCAAAGCAGCCACGCGAGAAGGCAGCGUGGGCCAGUAACACAAAAACGUCGCACGCCAUUUUGUGCGGUGGCGAUACACUCCCAACUAAGGCGCGUGUAGUAACACGUGGCUACUGGUAA